UGCAUCACGUGUAUUACCGACAACAACGCAGUUUUCGAAGGAUUGAUUAGAUCUGGCUUCCCUUUCACUGCGACUCGGACCAACUAUCUUCCUUUGAUUUGGUCUGCUUAGGGGAGAUUUCCCUUUCGCCAGCAUGAGCGCAUCUUCUAGCAGUCAAACGGACACGAGUUCGAAAAGAAAACCGCAUGUCAUCAUCACCAUCGGGAUGGCAGGGGCUGGCAAGUCUACCUUCGUGCAGCGCAUCAACUCCUACCUUCACUCGCGAGAUCCUCCACAGCCGCCAUACAUCCUCAACCUCGACCCGGCAGUCACACACUUGCCGUUCGAAGCCAACAUUGAUAUCCGGGAUACUGUCAAUUACAAAGAGGUCAUGAAACAGUAUAAUUUGGGCCCAAACGGUGGAAUUCUGACCGCUUUGAAUCUUUUCACGACGAAAUUCGACCAGGUUUUGGACUUGGUCGAGAAAAGGGCCGAGACGGUUGACCACAUAAUUCUUGACACUCCGGGUCAGAUCGAGAUUUUUACCUGGUCAGCGUCUGGCGCCAUUAUCACAGAUGCCGUUGCUUCCUCGUUUCCUACUGUGGUGGCGUACAUCAUUGACACCCCGCGGACCACAGCGCCCGCGACGUUCAUGUCCAACAUGCUGUAUGCCUGCAGUAUUAUGUACAAGACAAAAUUACCAUUCAUCCUUGUCUUUAACAAGACUGACGCACAACCCCACGGUUUUGCUCUCGAAUGGAUGCAAGAUUUUGAGGCAUUCCAGGUCGCUCUUGCGUCGCAUUCAGGGUCAAGAGACUCUGAAGGCGAACCGACCUACAUGAACAGCUUGAUGAAUAGCAUGAGCUUGGUUUUGGACGAAUUUUACAAGCACCUCAAGGCCGUCGGUGUCUCAAGCAGGACAGGUGACGGUAUCAAGGAAUUUUUCCAAGCGGUGGAAGAGUCUCGUGAGACAUACAGGACUGAAUAUCUCCCGGAACUCGAACGCGCCCGCGCUGCACGGGAACAGUCACUGGAGGAUGCAAAAGAGGACUCGAUAAACCGCCUCAUGAAAGAUCUUGCUGUUGAUCGUGCCGCAAACCCCAAGGCGGCCGCAGAAGACCGCUGGGCAUCGGACGAGGAUGAUGAUGACGAAGACGGAGACGGUGACCUGGAUAUCAACCUCAUCGAUCGGAGUGAGGAGCCAUAUCCCGGUCAAUACAUCGACGUCACACGUAUGCGACGACAAAACGAGAAUAUAAAUUGGCCAAGCCCGAGGUAAAAAAAAAAAACAAUUGUUGGACGCGUACUCAAUUCAACGUCGACGUGAUGUACUCCACCCGUAAGUAGAAGAUGGUCUCCGUAAUAGUUAGGGGAUAAGAUUGCUGCUGUCAAUUUGGUGCACAGCACUGAUAAGCCAUUAUCAAAUGAACGUGUCAAUAUUGCAAGGGGCAAGAUUCACGUUGAUAACACGAUGGCUAACCAUCUUUGAUUGCAUGACGAAAUUGCAGGAUGACCUCAACUCGAUUUCGGGCAGAAAUCGUGACAAUUGUCACUUUGCUCUCGCUUAUAA